GGGAGAACUAGUGGACAGCAAACUUGUGGUGGCUCGAGGCUAAACAAGCUGAUCGAGAAUCCUCUCCAGCCAGGCUUCCUGUGCAAGUGUCUGAAGCAGCUAUGGCAACUGUUCCUGAACUCAACAGUGAAAUGAUAGCUUUCCACAGUGAUGAAAAUGACCUGUUCUUUGAGGUUGAUGGGUCCCAAAAGAUGAAGUGCUGCUUCCAAAGCCAUGACCUGAGCUAUCCCGAUGAGAGCAUUCAGCUUCAAAUCUCCAAGCAGUACCUCAACAAGAGCUUUAGGCAGGUGGCGUCGGUCAUCGUGGCAGUGGAGAAGCUGUGGGGCAUACCCGUCCCUUGCCCGUGGACCUUCCAGGAUGAGGAUCUGAGAACCUUCUUCUCCUUCAUCUUUGAAGAAGAGCCCAUCUUCUGUGACUCCUGGGAUGAUCAGCUGAUCGUGGCAGAUGUUCCCAUUCGACAGCUGCACUGCAGGCUCCGAGAUGAACAACAGAAAUGCUUCGUGCUGUCUGAUCCCUGUGAGCUGAAAGCUCUCCACCUCAAUGGACAGAAUAUAAACCAACAAGUGGUAUUCUCCAUGAGCUUUGUACAGGGAGAAACAAGCAACAACAAGAUACCUGUGGCCUUGGGCCUCAAGGGAAAGAAUCUGUACCUGUCCUGUGUGAUGAAAGGUGACACACCCACCCUGCAGCUGGAGAGUGUGGAUCCCAGACAAUACCCAAAGAAGAAGAUGGAAAAGAGGUUUGUCUUCAAUAAGAUAGAAGUCAAAACCAAGGUGGAGUUUGAGUCUGCACAGUUCCCCAACUGGUACAUCAGCACCUCUCAAGCAGAGCAUAAGCCCGUUUUCCUGGGCAACAACAGCGGCCAGGAUUUAGUUGACUUCACCAUGGAAUUCGUUUCUUCCUAGGAAGCCCAUGUAUGCUGGGUGAAGCCUCAAUCCCUAGUACUGACACAUGAAGUAUAGGCUGGACAAUUUCUAAUGCCUUCCCCAGGCCAGCGCUGUUUCCAGGGGAAUCAUUAGUCUUCUGCCAAGCCAGGGUUCCCUCACCUCUCCUGCAUUUUCAGAGCCACCUUGACAGAAACUAUGGCACAUUCUGUUCAAAGAAAUUCUGUCUUUUCUUUCUGGCCUCUGAUGCACAACCACUUACCUAUUUAUUUAUGUAUUUAUUGAUUGAUUGAUCUAUUUAACUUAAUUCAAGGGGGACAUGAGGCAUGCCUACAAAAGAUUCUAGUUUUCAAUGUUUAUGAAAUAAAUUGAAUUUGGAUCCAA